CCCAAAUGUGUUUACUAUGACACAUGUCCUACAGUUCGCAGCGAAUUGCUUCUCGGUGCGAAUUUCACCAACGUCGUGUCUUUAUUCAUCCACAAUCCACGUGUUCCGUUCGCUGGUCGAGCAAUGGCCACCGGACUCAUGUGGUCGGAAGUUCACUCUAAAGGAACUAUUACAAAAGCGUGCUACGGCGGCAAUAUUUGACCCCGAUACAACUAUUAUUUCUGAUCAAGAGUGUCAAUCUCUUCAGCGGUUGCUCAGCAAUUACCACAGGGAUAAGUAUAAACUUCCCAAAGGGCUUGGUCAAGGAACAACAAACACAGGUGCCCCUCGAAUAGCUGCCAGUGGUGCUGACCUACUUGAGUGUCGGCGAUUCUUAUCCAAACAGGACGAAUAUGCACAGAAACAAGCUCCAAUGUGGAAGAGAUGUUACUCCUCCGUAAUGCGCAUUUUCUAUGGAAAAUCCAAUGGUUGACAUUGCUUACUCAUCACCUAUAUCACCAGUUUAUGUACAUUUUUGAUCCUGCCAUGUUUUGUCCAGCUUUCCCAUGUAGACACUGUAAAGAGUAAUACUUCUCCAGACUGUGUGAUAGCAUAAUGGCAUGACUUUUAACUCUUCUGAUCGUUCCCUUCACACCUGAGCGAACGGUUUGCUUGAUGUUCUAGGCAAGAACGUUUCCCUCGAAACCUAUGUGGCACCCGUGGAGAUACCCAUUCCCAUCAAUGCAGUCGCCUUUGUCCAGAAACUGCAUAUGAGUGUUUGCUGCUCACUUCUUACCUAUUACUUAAACCAAUCGAGUCGUAAGCUACCCAGUGCGCUAUCUUCGAUGCCGAUUCGGAUUUUCUCCGUACAUC